AUGAAAGAGCGCAAUCUCGCGCGUCUGCGUGAUGCUUCAUCAGGUCUAUUACGUGCCAUUGGUCGUGAUGAGGCCAAAGCACUUGAAGUAUUACCUUUUGUUCAAACAGUUACUCAAAAAUUAAUGUCAAUUUAUGUUCCAAACCAACUUUUUCCAAAAGGUCAAAUGGAUAUACCUGAAUUAUCUGCUCUACCUUCCAGGGAAACAAUGGAUGAGAGAUCUCGAAUCGCAAAAAGAUUAUUCGGUUUUAAUCCAAAAGAUAACUAUGUUGUUAAAGAAAUUUCACGGCGGUUCGGUGGUCUCAUCAAACAUGGUGAAUUGGUAGGUAUUGCAGCUGCAAUUGCUGAAAGAGCAAAUUUACGUUUAGAUCGAGAUGCAAAACGUCGUAAAAAUGUUCUUAUACGUUGGUUCGAUGAAAAUUGGGAAACAAUAGAGCCUUUCCUGGAUUAUGUUGUUUUGGAAGAAGUACCAGAAGAAGAUGAAGCAGAAUCAAAUGACGAAGAAGCAGAAACACAACCUCCAAAAGAAAUUCCUCCACCUCCACAAGCUGUCCCAACUCUACAGCCACUUCCUAGUAUUCCAAAAAUAGAAGAACAAUUCAGUAGAAAUGCAAGAAUCGUUAAACCUUUACCUAGCUCACAACCAUAA